GAGAUGAUGCCAAUGCCCACGCCUUCCUUUGCGCCUGUGCCCUCGCCUUCGGGCGACCAGGACCUGCAGGACGAGUACGAAGACUUCAGCGACAAGGUCGAGACACUACUGAGUCCUCUGAAAGCACUGUAUGGGAGAGUGGCGGCUUACGAAUUCUUGUCCCGAGCGUUUGCGGUCAUUGACCGCUACAAGACGAGGCAGGUUCCUCUGCCAAAGUGUUGUGCCUACAGCCUCCUGUCGUUUGCUAUGGCGCUCAGUGGCAUAGCAGAUGAGGACACCAAGCGGGCGGAAUGGUUUGCUUUGGUGACGACAACUUCGCAGAAUGCCGUUGCCGUGGUCAAUGCCAA